CUCCAUCCCCGUCCCCAUCUCCAUCCCGUCCCCAUCUCCAUCCCAUCCCCGCAGACCAUCCGGGAGGUGACGGGUUACAUCCUGAUUGCCAUGAACGUUUUCUCCACGCUGCCUUUGCGCAACCUGCGCGUCAUCCGCGGGACGCAGUUCUACGAGGAGAAGUACGCGCUCUUCGUGCUGCUCAACUACAACCCCAACGCCACGCACGCGCUGCGCCAGCUCGGCCUCAACCGCCUCACAGAGAUCCUGGCAGGCGGUGUUUACAUCGAAAAGAACGAGCAGCUGUGCCACGUGGACACAGUGGAGUGGAGGGACAUCAUGCGGGACCCCCGGCUGGAGCCCGUGGUGGGGGACAACGGCAGAGCGUGUGCGUGGGGCACCACAGCCCGCUGACCCCUCACCCCAUAC